AUGAAGGAGAUUCCCAUCAUCCUGGAGACGACCGGCUCCGAAAUUUUUGAAGAGUAUGUUACUCAGUCAAACAUCGGAGAUGGCGAGCCCUCGAAAGGCCGACACGAUGACCAUCCAAUUCUCAUGGAAGAUGCAUCCAUGCCGAUAGCCGUGAUAGGAAUGGGAUUUCGUGGGCCUGCGGAUGCAACAGACACAAAUAGAUUAUGGCAAAUGAUUCUUGAAAAACGGGAAGCCUGGUCGCCAAUUCCCAAGGACCGAUGGAACAACAAAGCAUUUUAUCAUCCAGAUCAUGCUCGGCAUGGUACGAUCAAUGUAGAUGGGGGCAAUUUCAUUGCGGAAGACUUGUCAUUGUUUGAUGCGCCGUUCUUCAACAUGACAAGUGAUGAAGCAGCAUCUAUGGAUCCUCAACAAAGGUUGUUAUUGGAGGUCACGUAUGAAAGUCUAGAGAACGCCGGUAUUCCGCUGGCCCGAGUGACUGGCACUCAAACUUCAUGUUUUGUGGGGUCAUUCUGCGCAGACUAUACCGAUCUACUUCUUCGAGACCCCGAGUGCGUGCCAAUGUACCAGUGCACAAAUGCCGGCCAAUCUCGUGCGAUGAUGGCAAAUAGAGUACCAUACUUCUUCGACCUAAAAGGUUCCAGUGUCACAGUGGAUACAGCUUGCUCUGGUAGUUUGGUGGCCCUGCACCUUGCGUGUCAGAGUCUGCGCACGGGAGAUGCAUCCAUGGCGAUCGCUGCAGGCGUGAACUUGAUUCUAAGCCAUGAGUUUAUGUCUACGAUGAGUAUGAUGAGAUUCCUCUCCCCGGACGGGCGAUGCCAUACGUUUGAUGAAAAAGCAAGCGGAUAUGCACGUGGUGAGGCAAUAGCUUGCCUCAUACUGAAACCGCUGGCUAGCGCACUACGCGAUGGGGACACAAUUCGAGCAGUCAUCCGCGGAACGGGAUCAAAUCAUGAUGGCCGCACGCCGGGAAUCACUCUGCCGAGUCAAGCUGCCCAGGAAGCACUGAUCCGAGACGUCUACGCUCGAGCUGGCCUUUGCCCAACUGAAACGGAAGUUGUUGAGGCGCAUGGAACAGGUACACAAGCUGGUGAUCCGGUUGAGAUUGGUGCUAUAGCCACAUCUUUUGAGCUUGGACAUGAUCCGGAUCGUAUACUGCGGAUUGGGUCAAUUAAAACAAACGUUGGCCACGUCGAGGGGGCGAGUGGAGUGGCCGGCGUUAUCAAGGCCAUCUUGAUGUUAGAGAAUCGGGUCAUUUUACCGAGUCGGAAUUUUGAGACACCAAAUCCGCGAAUCGCAUUUGAGGAGUGGAAUUUGAAGGUUCCUCAAGUCCCAGAACCGUGGGAUACACCUGGGCCACAUCGAGUAUCAGUCAACAGCUUUGGCUACGGCGGUAGCAAUGCUCACGUUAUUGUGGAGGAUGCUCAGGGAUAUCUAUCAGAGCGUGGGCUACAGCGAUGGUUUCGAGCUCCGUCACAAAUCACGCGAAAACGACAUCUCGUCCACGAAUACGUCGAAUGCCCUGACUCUCCGCAACAAAGAGUUUUCAUGAUAUCUGCAUUUGACGAGCCAUCUUGCAAGUCCGAGAUUGCGACUCUACGAGAUUACCUAGAGUCAAAUAAGGAUCUUAUUCGGGAUGACUUCUUGGAUGAUCUGGCUUUUACACUCAACGAGAAACGGACGAGUUUCAUGUGGAAGACCGCCGUGAUAGGCUCGUCAGUUACGGACCUGUGCCAUUCGCUCUCAGACAGCCUGAAGAUUCGGUGCUCAGCUCAGAGACCUACUCUAGCAUUUGUGUUCACUGGACAAGGGGCACAAUGGGUGGGGAUGGGCAAAGAGUUGCUUCACACAUAUCCGGCGUUUUCAGAGUCAAUAUCCAGGAUCGAUAAGUAUCUAGCAGAGCUCGGGGCUCCGUUCUACGUGUUCGGUGGGUUAAUUAUUUCAUCCUCGUGACAUCUGUAACUUGACUGAGAGCUGAAUGUCUUAAUUAGAGGAACUUUCCAGAAGUCCAGAGGACUCUCAAUUGAACCACCCGCUCCUGAGUCAAGCCAUCUGCUCAGCUUUACAAAUAGCUCUUGUUGACCUUCUUGCAUCGUGGAACAUAUAUCCUGAAUCAGUGACUGGUCACUCUAGUG